ACGCGGUCUCGCAAACCGCGGACGGGACCGGAGAGCGCGGGCCGGCGAGUUUGCGUUGGUCACUCGUUGUUCGCGAAGUUCUUGUUUUUGACGUCGUGGUGUUGGUGCAUCGGUGCUGUGAUCCUAGCGUGUCGUCGUCAGCUGUCGACCGCGGGGUCAGAGAUCGGAGGAUGCGAACCAGUGGCUCGGCGUUCGGCUAAGAGUCUUCUUGACAAGCGAGCCCGGCCGGCGACGCGUCCGUCCGUGGCUUCAAGAUGGUCGCUGGCGGCGGCCGGUCGACGACGCCGUUGUUAGGAGCCGAGCGUGCUUUGGAUUUCGUCUGAUCCUCCGGCCGCGUCGGAGAAUUUUGUGCGAGUGACGCGAGCGACACCAGCGUGCACUGCCUCGGAUUACGGGUGUGCGCGGAUAUUUUAUCUUUUCUGUUGUGUGCGCUCCGUCGGCUGCUUUUGGCGCUUACAUUUGACGAAGUACAGCAACACCGUGAUAUUUGAACUUCGACUGGCCAGUACCUGACGCCGGCAGGACCAAACAUGGAGCGGAUGACGCGCGACCUGUUCACGGAGGACGAGGCUCCUCCUUUUACACUUACGUGAGGUGUGCAGCUGGAGCUGCAGAAGACACUGGACUGACAGCGACGACCCGGUGGCCUGGCCAUGUCCCUCUGGUCAGGGGACAUCCAUGGUGGGAUCCAGCUGCCACCAAACUACAAGAUGUCACACGACAACGAAUCCGUCAAGUCGGGCCCCAGCGAGCGGUCGCGGAGGUCAUCGUCUUCCCGCCACCACAACCACAGCAACAACAUCCAGAACCACCACCAGCAGCACCACCAACCGCGGCAGCAGCAGCAGCAGCAGAAGCAAGAUGAUGGCCCGCAGCAGUCGUACCGUGCCAGCCGGAGGCACUCGCAUCGCUCCACUCGGUCGUGUCCCACGCAGGUCAAGGUCGGCGACCGCAGGGAUGAGGUCAUCGAGGUGCAGAUCCUGCCCCAGGACGAUAACUGGGGUGACAACACAACCGCCAUCACGGGAAACACGAGUGAGCGUUCUAUCAGCGCCGAGGACGUGUCGAGACUCGGCCGGGAACCGGAAGGCACGCCCGGAGGGUUUUUUCGCUGUCACAUGUGGGCCGGAACCGUGCUGACGAGCAUUCUGUCCUUAGCGGCAUUCCUCUCUCCGAUGGUGAUGGUAGCGCUACCACGAAUCGAGAUUCUAGAGUGGAAAGUGCAAAAGUGUGGACCAGAGUGCGACGGCCUCCUCAUCAGCUUCGCCUUCAAGCUGCUCAUCCUUGCGGUCGCCACCUGGGCCCUGUUCGUUCGGAGGCCUCGAGCGACGAUGCCGCGCAUAUUCAUCUUGAGAGCGGUGGUGCUGGCCCUGGUCUUUGUGUUCAUCUUCUCGUACUGGCUGUUCUUCUGCGUCCGCAUCUACGAGCGACGCCACCAGGACUACGAGUUGACGUACCUGAGCAUAGUGCAGUUCGCUCUGUCCCUGGUAGACUCCCUCCUGUUCAUUCACUACAUGGCCGUCAUUCUUGUCGAAAUACGACAGCUGCAGCCGCAGUACUACGUGAAGAUUGUGCGGUCACCCGAUGGGCAGAGCCGGAGCUACACAGUUGGCCAGCUCAGCAUACAGAGGGCAGCAGUAUGGAUGCUUGAAAAGUACUAUCAGGAUUUCCCAAUUUACAACCCUUACCUGGAAACAGUUCCAAGCCGCCACCGAAAGCAGCAACAGCAGCAGCAGGCUUUCAAGGUCUAUGACGUUGAUGGUGUUGCAGAAGAAGACCAAGCUCCGCUAAACCAGACAGUCCUGCCUGGACGACGAUCAGGUCACAACGAUCGAUUUUACGAGGAGCACGAAUACGAGCGGAGAGUUCGGAAGCGCAGAGCCAGGCUUGUGUCAGCAGCCGAGGAGGCGUUUACUCACAUCAAGCGGAUGCAAGAUGAAAAUGGGCCGGCCAUUCCAAUGGACCCUACCGAAGCCGCGCAGGCCAUCUUUCCUUCGAUGGCCCGUGCUCUGCAGAAAUACCUGCGCAUCACUCGCCAGCAGCCUCGUCACACCAUGCAAGGGAUCCUAGAGCACUUGUCGCAGUGUCUUCACUACGACCUCAGCCCGAAGGCCUUCCUCGAGAAGUACAUCCAGUCCUCGCCCGUGCUCCAGGACGAUCGCGAGUUGCGCCCAGUCCAGACGUGGGCCCUCGUCUGCGACGUGCUCCUGUCGCGGCCACUCAAGCCCGGCGUCACGUUCCUCCUCAGGCAAGGCGAAGUGUCCCUGCUGGUCAGCAUCCAUGCCCUGCCCCACUUCAAUGUCACCGAGGAGAUCGUUGACCCAAAGUCCAACCGCUUCGUGCUUCGGCUGAAUUCCGAGACCUCGGUGUGACGCCAGGUGUGAUGGACCUUCCCUGGUCGGUCAGUCCAUCCGUGACAAAAAUGACUCGAGCAGGCAUCGUGAAAACUUAUUUGUGACACCAGGUGUGACAAACACGUUUCUUUCAAUCGAACACCUUGCAAGAUGGGUUUUUGCAGCAGUGUUCAUCAGCUUAGAGACAUUGGUGUGACGCUGGUUGCGACAGAGACGUGUCUUGUUUGGUCAGAGGUUUUCUGAAAGACUCCGAGGGAGGAGCGGGCAUCAGUGUGACAGUGCAGUGUGACGGACGUGCGGGUGACACGGCUGAGAGUGUUGCAUGCUGGCGUGAUGUGUUGCUGUCCAGCCUGUGAUCUCUUUCCUAAGAUUAGACGUCUGUGUAUCCCUAAAAAGUACAUGUUUGGGUGAAAGCUUUGGACUGGGCUGGAUGGUUUGCAACACUAUUCCUUACCUAGCUGUCUUAGUAAACUUGUCACUGUUUGCAAGUCUACUACAGAAUAUCAGACAAGACAAACUACUCAACUAGCUCAGAACAAUUAUGUGAAGUGUACAUCACCUUGCAGAAGAUAUAUAUAGUAGUCUCUUGUUAAUUAAAGUCACUGUCCUCUGUCGAAGAACGCUUUAGAAGCCACCUCUAGGGCAUAUGUGAGCACUGUAGUGCUGCGUUUUAUGAACACUCCUUUUUAUACUUUUAAUUUUCCGAGGCACUUGUAAGCAAAGCACCUACGGCAUACAUGUGCGAUGAACUUGGAAUUUUCUGAUCUACAGGCUUUCACAGUUGUCGUUGUAACCAUACAGCCAGGUCAAAUAAAUGGGCUAGUGUUAGUUGCACAUACGUUGCCAAAAGCAAAGACGUGACUGAUAUCUGCCUCUGGCAGAUCAAUAACAAAGUUAUGUUAUAGCACUGCUCAAGAACAAACUGAUAUUGCAGACUUAUUCGUAAUUCCAAGCGUACAGUUGAGAACUUAAACUCACAAGUUUUACAUGUUUGUAUACUUUUUGCAGUUGCAGGUUUGAUCUGCUGUCGAGGUCCAUCAUUAACAUGACAUGCGAUGCGCUCGAUUGCAUUAGUCAAAGGACUAAAUUUCGUUAUUUUUGUAAUUUUAUGAUUUAUCAGUGUCAGUUCAGUUCCAUUCUAACUAGGAUGUGUUGUGGUCUUGUUGCUGUGAUAUGCUGUUGCAGGUUUUGACCAAUGUACCACUGAACUUGAAAAGUGACACAUUUCUGCAGCCACGUGCCACAGUGACUUUAGAUUGGACAUAGCAUAUGUAGAACACAAGAAAAAAACAUAACAGUACUUGAAGCGCACUCAGAGCAGCAUUUGAGGAAGGAAGCACAAAGGACAAUUGCACAAAUGAUUAAUGAAUUAACGUAAAUUUAUAUACCUUAUAAGCUCUUGCAAGGGUUGCACUUUUUUUUCCUCCCAAUUUUUAUAACAUUUGGCCGUUACAAAAGAUUAAGCCGUUUUGUGUAAUUAUGUAUUCUGACCGCAAAUACGAAAUACAUCGCAAUCUGUAGUAUUUCUCUUUGAUCACACCUCAUCACAGAAGCGAAUGCUGUCCUCCUGAUCAUGACUUGGUAUUCAUUCAUGCAUAUCACGCAAUUGACUUCUUGUCUUUGCUAUCACUGCCAUUAGUGCUUACACCCAGUCUGCCAACACAUUCAUGAAUUAUAAGUCAGUGUUCAUGCCACUCAUUUCAUUUAAUAUCUUUGUUACUGUAAAGCUCUUAACAAAUUACUUGGAUUUUAUCGCUUGGAAUACACAUUGUUACUUAGAAUACAGUGGUCACAAUUUUGUUUUUUCAAAAGGGGAAGUAAUUAUUUCAUAAAAAGUGUUGCAGAUCAAAAACAAUGUGAAAUUCAUAGAGUGACACUUCCGUGACUGCACUGCUUUCAUAGCUUCCAAUGCAUUGCUUGCUACUUACGAAAUGGAGUAUAGUAGGGUAAAUCGCUUCAGUUUGAUAAUUAUAUGUGUAAUAAAGCUAGCUACUUUUAACAGUAACGGACAGAGCUCGUCAUGCCAGGUAACUGCAACUUGGCCUUUCAGACUGCCAUGUUGCGGGCAUCUUUCCUGCAGGCAUGGCCACACAGUGUUUAUACGACGUAUAAGUAGUUAUGUGUGUUGUGCUAUUUGCCAGUGUGGUGUACACGUGAGUGACGUGAAUGUGUAUUGUGAAAGCGCACAUUUGUGUAUAUAGCCAAAGGAUUGCUGUCUUUGCCACAAGGCAACUACUAAGUGCUACUAAGUACUAAGUGCAUUCUAAGAAUGCAGAAGUAGCAAGCAGCUGCCAACAAUGCCAUCUCAGCAGAAGAAUGGCUGAUGAUGUUCUACAGCCUUUCUUCUUUUUCUUCAGCGAAUUGCAUUUAGUUCGUAUAAGUGAAAUGCCAAAUGGUUUUAUUCAGCUGCUCCGCUGCGUUGCCAUGUUUUAUUUAUUUUGCAUUUAUAGGUGCAACAUGAAAUGCUAAUGCUCCAUCUCUUCUUGUGUCCCUUGUGACCGUCAUUGCAAUAACUAGUGUUUUAGGAUGAGAAAGUCCGCGUGAAGAAGUCUGAGUUUCCAUGCCAGAUAAAAAUCGGAAGCGAAAUUCUGCAUACAUCACUUAUAUUUGCACAGUGUCUGUCCUCACAUGGCAGUAAUUGCAGCUUUCGGUGAUGUCACACUAGUAGCUCCUCUUUAAAACCUAUUGAAAAAUAUGAAGAUUAUGCAUAACCAAUCAUUUGGCAUUUUAAAACUAAGGCAUGCUGUAAUAUAGAGAGUAUACUCACUUAAUUGUAAAUAUUUUUAUCACACGAAGUGCGUGCUUUGUAAGCACACAUUGUUUCAUACCGUGGAAGUCACGUGGCACUAUUUUGUGUUGACUAUAUGUCAAAAGACCAUGUACGACUAAAGAGGAAAUACAUGAUCACACGUGGUCACAUGUGGCUAUGCGUGACUAAAGAAAAAUCGGUAUCAAUAUCCUUAGGUCACACUUUUUUUUUCAAUACUCAGUACGUGCCACAAUUUUAUUUUCGCAUUCAUGAUUUCAAGCAUUUUUUUGUUUCUUUCUAUCGAUACUCAGUGACCCCAACAUUUCAGGGAUAUGUCUGUUUUAGACAACAGUACUUCUGCUUUGUCAGUGCAGCUGCCAUAUUGAUGUCUAGCACAUUUAGGCCUAAUUAAUUGCACACAUGUGGUAUCAACAGUGCACAGUUUGUAAAUUUUCUUCCAAGAACAUCGUGUGAAUACCAACUUGCAGGUGUCAUUGCAGAGGCUGCAGAUUCACAUGUUUGCAAUUCGUUCGUACUCUCGAGUUCUCAACCAUGCGAAUAUGGAAAGGCAAAGUGGAAUGCCAUGCCAGAAUGUGCAACGGCAGAUAGCAACUUGAAGGUAGUAAUAUGUAAAUAUAGUGCAACAAGAUAUAUUUGCACUCUUUCCUUCUCAUGAAGGAAUGUGGUCGUUGACAAACUAAGAAACUCAUCGACAAUCGUACCACUGUCCAGAUAAAAGAAUUUAUAUGGAUGCGUAGCAGCCAAUUACAUCUGAUGCAAAGCACAGUGCUAAAUUGGUACAAAUAGGUUGCAGAGUGCUUGAACGGGAACCUACAAUCUUUAUGUAAAAAUUUAACACCGUUUGCGCAAAAUGGCGCACCAAGAAUUUGCUAUUCAAUCAUGUUCAGUCAUUUCCAUGACGUCACAGUAGAGCCAAACUUCUUUCAGUGUUGGCAACCCUCAAGUAGUCUUCUGUCGCAUGGAAGCACGCAGGGCAGGCACCAUGUGGUUUCCUGGGCAGUGCUGGUACUGAGUUCUUAGGUUGGUCCACAUCUCGAGUGCAUAUCAUCUUGGUUUUUCAGUGCUGGUACUUGAGCAUGAGCCACCCAAGUUCAUGUUUAGAAGUGUUGCAUUUGAAAGACUGGUGCAUGAAGCAUUAGCUGAAGGCCAACUCUGAUUCUGUAAUAAAAUCUGCUGAUAUGCGAAAACACUCUGACUAUGCUAAGCUGCAAGAUGACACGUAACUAACUCUACUGUGCAAACACAUAUCACAUUUCUGUAAAUGGUAGUUUACCGACUAUUUAGAGUGGCCAAAAUUGCUACAUUAAUUUCGAAGCUUCUUGACCUUGCUUAAAUUCGUGAACUUUCAUUUCACUUAGUACGUGACUGUUGUAAUAACUUUAUUCAUAAAAACUGAGCACAUAAGAACUGAGCAUCAGUUCUGUAGUUUGCAAAGUUGCAGUGCUUCUCAUGAAUGCCACUUAUUUAUUUCGAUCAAAUUCUGAAAGCCUAAAUCAGAAAUCGGCUCCUAGCAGUUGCUAAAGCAUUCUGGAAGUUAGUUAUUCAAAUAACGAAGUCUCGCCAAAUGAGAUCAUUCAUCUCUGUGUCUCACAUGUAUUUGUAUAGAAAGGUUAAGAUGCUAGAGCCUUCUCAUAAAAGAUGCAAACGAUAUCUCCUGCAUGCAUGCAAACACAUCCCUUAGUAUAUUGUUCAAAGCUCCCAACCGGUUGUAUUGCAUGUCUCUGGUAUAUACGAACACCUACGUGCUGCGGCCAUUUAGGUGUAUAAAGCACACUGCCUCUUGGAAAGAAUGCAAUAAAUGGAUAUGAUUAUUCUUGA